CCGCAAUAUUUUUCAGGUUAGAAACGAUUGUGUAAUGUCAGAUUAUAAACAUGCAAUUGCAGUAGUUUUAUUUAAUUUUCGUUUGAGUUGUUAAUUCUCGGCACGAGCCAAAAUAAUAUUUCACAACAUUGAAUAACACUAAACUCAUAUAGCAUGGCUAAGUAUUUGGCGCAGAUAAUUGUGCUUGGCGGACAAGCUAUUGGUCGUGCAUUUGCGAAAGCUUUGAAACAAGAGAUUGCAGCAUCACAAGAGGCGGCACGUCGUGGAGGCGGUGGACCGCAGGGUGAGAAACGCGCCGAAGCUAAUGCACGUUCAGGCAUGACAUUGGAGGAGGCCAAACAAAUAUUGAAUGUGGAUGAUUUGAAAGAUUUAGAAAAGGUUAUAAAAAAUUAUGAACAUUUAUUUGCGGUAAAUGAAAAAGCGAAAGGUGGUUCCUUCUAUAUACAAUCAAAAGUGUUUCGUGCAAAAGAACGGAUUGAUCAGGAAAUUAAACAGCAAAUGGAAGAUAUGCGUUCAAAACAAAGGGAAACGCGAUGAGAUGCAAAAGCAUUGUGAUAAAAUGCACAUAAUUGUUAGUUUUCUAUAAAUAGGUUUGUUUUUAGACUAUAUACUUUAAUUUAAGCAGUAAACAGUAGCUAUCGAAAAUGUGGAAAAGGAUGAAAUUGUCUGGUGUAAACAAAGCGUUGACAAGUAGUAGUACUAUUGGCAACAGACUUGCAAACUAUACCUGUCAAAUUGUGAAUAUAUUUAUUUAUGCCGAAUGUAUGCUAGCCUAAAUAAUGAAGAUUCAGGUUACACAUAGUGAUUUUCAAUUAAAUAGCAUGCAAAGCUGAUAUAUCAUGUUAAAAUAUUCAUAUUUAUUUUUGAAUCCUGAAUCUCCUGCUUUUACGAGAACAUUAAAAGACUACAUGCAUGCUUUGCAAAAAGAACAAUACAAACUAGCACAUGUUAUUUAAAUUAAAGAAUUAGAUAAAUGUUUUUUAUUUAACAAUUUAAUAUAUAAAUUAAGCAGGAAGCAGAGUUUCACCUUUUAAGUUAGUUUAUCUCAAUCGUAGAAAAUAUUGCAAUAUUUUAGCCAAGAUUUCAGACAGAUUGUAGUUGCCACACUUGGUUCACUGAAACAAGAUGUAUGUGCUACUGCUUGGAGUCCAUGCUAUACCUGAAGGGUAUAUACUGAUUCUAUAUAAUUGAAGUUUAAUAAAUGUAUAGUUUAUUGCAUAUAAAAUUAA